CCCACCCCCACCCCCACCCCCACCCGCCGGUUGGGCAGAGGGAGGCAGCGAGCGAGCGAGGGAGGGAACCACGGCGCGGGGGUGAUCGUGGGGUGGGGGGAGCCUGAUGGGGUCGUGGCGCAAGGCCUACGGCGCCCUCAAGGACUCCACCAGGGUCGGCCUCGCCAAGGUCCACAGCGACUUCAAGGAUUUGGAUAUUGCCAUUGUCAAGGCGACCAACCACGUAGAAUGCCCUCCCAAGGAGCGCCACGUCAGAAAAAUAUUCUUGGCAACCUCGAUGACCCGCCCUCGCGCCGAUGUCGCCUACUGCAUAUACGCCUUGUCCAGAAGGCUGUCCAAGACAAAGAAUUGGACAGUUGCCUUGAAGACGUUGAUAGUGAUACACAGGCUUCUGCGAGAAGGCGAUCCUACUUUCAAGGAAGAGUUCCUGGCCCACUCACACAAAAGAAACCUUUUGCACAUGGCGAAUUUCAAGGAUGGCUCGAGCCCAUUAGCUUGGGAUUGCUCCGCGUGGGUUCGCACCUACGCGCUCUUCCUGGAGGAGCGGCUCGAGUGCUUUAGGAAUCUAAAAUACGACAUCGAAACCGAGCGUCUGAUGAGAUCUCCCCAGCAUUCUGCCAAGGCACAUAGUAGAACCAGGACGAUGCCUUGGCUUGAUCUUAUGGAGCAUUUGCCUUCAUUGCAGCAGCUGCUCUUCAGGCUUAUGGGCUGUCAGCCUGAAGGUUUAGCAUGCUCAAACUACCUCAUUCAAUAUGCAUUAGCCUUGGCUUUGGAGGAGAGCUUUAAAACAUAUUGCGCAAUCAAUGAUAGAAUCAUCAACCUUGUUGAUAUGUUCUUCGAGAGGCCGAGGUAUGAUGCUAUCAAGGCUAUUGCAAUCUAUAAAAGAGCUAGCAUGCAGGCAGAAAACCUUGCUGAUUUUUACGAAUUCUGCAAGGAUCUUGAGCUUGACACGACAUUCCAGUUUCUUACUCUCAGACAGCCACCCCCAUCAUUUCUUGCAGCCAUGGAGGAGUACAUCAGAGAAGUGCCACGUCCCACAAUCAGGAGACUGGACAGUGAGGAGAGGAAGCUACUAACCUACAGCCAGGAAGCUCCAAAAGAACCUAAAAAGCCGGUGGAAGGGGAGCAAGAAGAGCCUGCACAGCCUGAACAAGAACCAGAGCCUGAGCCUGAGCCUGAGCCUGAACAACAACUGCCCGCAAUGGAAACCACUGGAGAUUUACUCGUAUUCUUCUCCAUAAGCUAUUUUUCUGGUCCAUUUCGGUUCAUCUCCUCUGAAUCUCACUACUGUCCUUUCCUGCUUGCAUGCUUCAUGCAGAACCUGGAUGAGGAGGUGAAUCCCUUUGUCGUGGAUCUUGAUGAACACAACGCGCUUGCACUCGCUAUUGUGGCACCAGGAGAUGGAAGCAAAGCAUCUUGUCAAGAUUUGUUUUCUGGCAGCACAUCUGGGUGGGAGCUGGCCCUCGUCACUGCUCCAAGCCGCUACACCAGCCAACCAAUUGAGACCAAAUUGGCUGGGGGCUUUGACAUAAUGCUACUCGACAGCCUCUACGAAGACGGGGCGAGGAGGCAGCAGAUCGCCAGCGUGGCCUACAACGGCAGCCUUGGACAAGCCAACAAUCCCUUCGAAACGAACGACCCUUUCGCCAUGUCCAACAGCUUUGCGCCCCCUUCCAACAUCCGGCUGGCAAUGGUGACCCAGCAGCAGCAAUACUUCCAGGCUCAACAACAUCAGCAGCAAUACUACUACCAGCCUCAGCUCCAAUACUACCAGCCCCAGCUGCAGCAGCAGCAUCAGCAGCAGUAUUUCCAGGCUCAGCAGCAUCAGCACCAGUAUUUCCAGCAGCAGCCCCAGUAUUGUGUGCAUCCGGCCGGAACUUACAAUCCGUUUGGUGACCCUUUCACUGACCUUGUAACUCUGGCUGCUCCUUCAAAACAAGGCGAUUUAAGUUUGCUCUGAAUUGCCCGGCCCUGUUUCUGAUCUCAGUCAAUAUAGAUGGGUACUCCCAUUCUCAGUAGAGCAACCAGCACAAAUUGAAUUCUUCUGUUGAGUUAAGAUGAUGUACAGUUGUACACUGCUGACCUUUGCAAUAUCCACAUUUGGAGCAAACAUGACAAGUACAACUGCAUUUUU